AUGCCGGCACUGCGCGCCGUACAAGCGAACAUACAGCAUGAGGAAGAGCGAUCUGCGGCUUCUGAGCAACGACCCACGCUUCUCGAGGAUCGCUGCGAGACACUGCUGAACGCCAUUCGGACGCAGUUUGAAGAGCGGCUACGGGCCAUCGAGGAUCACUUCCAGGACUUGGAGCAGCGACACAGGGCCCUUGAGGAUCACUCGCAGAAUCGCUCGGAGCGACUUACGGCCGUUGAGAAACGCUUCAACACGCUGGAUCGACUUACCUGGCAGGAAGACGCCAGCUUGCACAGUUCCUACGUGCCUCUUUAUCGACACCGCUUGUCUCCGUGCAGCGACCCGGCGAGAUAUACCCGCAUAGCAUCUAAACUUGAAGCUCUGUCGACGGAUCGCGCUGCAGAUCCGUAG